CUUACCGACCAGCACCUCACAACCCAAUCUCAUUUUCCUCCUCAGUUGUGCGUAACUCGCCUUUUACUGCCGUAUCAGAGCCUCAUCACCCUACUCUAUUCAGAAUCAGUAUCUUCGGCUUUAUAGGCCCCGUGUCACCCCCCUCUGCUCAGCUGCACUACCCGCGUCUUGUUGCGCAACGCGUACCCACUCCUCGUAACUCGCUCAACAACACUCGCAACAUCCGCAACUCCUUACACCCUUCUGGACUCCCAAGCUAUCCACCUACAAUGCAGCGUCGUACAAGAUAGCAAUUGUGUGCUCGAACGGAUUAUUUGCGGAUAAGACGCGUUCGCGAUGUCGUCGCCCUUCCGCGUGGACGACGUGCGCUCCCAAGAUGUAUCGGUCGGUUUUGCCUUUGAGGGAGCCGAUGAUGGAGAACCAGACAUACCAAGGCGUGUUAUGCGAGUGAAAGUUCUAUACACAUUCGACAACGAGAACAAAACAAAUUGCUUGGCGAGACUGGUCAGACCUGUUCCGAUCCAGGUUGUGGCUCUUGAUGAGUCAACGGAAAUUGGCGUUGUCGAGCUGAGGACAUGCAUACAGGCUAUCGUGGCUGCUAGCCCUGAGAUGAUAGCUAAGCUAGAGAACGACUACACUGUCUACGCGUACGAUUACUCGGAAUAUGAAACGCCGCUUGUUGGGCAGGGAAUGCUGUCGUGGGUUCUUGCAACCGCCUCACCAACGCCGAACGCACCCGCGAGAGAGUCUGGUACGAUGGUCACAGGUCGAGUCUGCAAGAACAUUAUGGGACUGUUUGCAUCAGGUGGCAUCAAAGAGACUUUAGAAGUAAAACUAAAGCUCGUACCUGUUCCAACGCGAUCCAAACGAGAAUAUUUGCAGAGUAUGGCAGUAUACAGAGAUCCCAACGUCGUUAUGCCCGAUGGUUUCGAUAGCAGCGCGUGGAACUCGUUCUUGCAAGCCAUUCCGGAUGCCGGGAUCUUGAGAGACGGAUCUGCUGGGCAAUCAAACGCUCGGGCGAACGUGGGCGGUGUGGAGCAACUACACGACAUGCUCACCCCAAAAUUUGCGCCAGAGGAUGAUGUAUACUCAAAUGGGCCAUGCAGCAGCCGUGCUGGAAGUCCGACACCGAGCCAUCACUCUGCGGCAAAUCGGCCUGCUGCUUUCCAUGGUUCAAGACCUGUUUCACGUGCUUCAUUCCAUCAACCACAACAGAGCGAAUCAGCUAUUGACGAUCAAGGGUUCGAGGACGCCCCGUCUAGGAAGAGAGCCCGUCUAAUGCAGACGGACUGGCAUGGGAGAGGAUCAUUUGGAGGCAAUGCAGGUUCUUUGAGAUCUGCUGUGACGACUGCGGCUUCCAUACGCGAUUUUAGACCUUCCGUAGCUGGCAACAGCUCAGCAGGUGGAGACAUGGUUCCUCGAGCACCCACACCACGACCUGGAGAAAAGAGAAUGGGACGACCGGGUCCUUCGCGAGCAGGAAGCAAUCUGAGACGAGAGUCUACGGGAAGUGCUUCCCAUGCAUUAGCGGAACCCGAGUUGGCACGAAACGACUCUGGCAUCUACUCGAACGACUAUGAUGGUGGAUCUAGCAGGCAUGGUUCACCUAGUCCUGAUUUACCAUCAUCUCCGCCUGAAUUUACACCGAUAGAACCCCCUUCGAGUCCGCUUCCCGAGCUACCAGCUGCUUUGGACUCUGGUUUUCAGAGUGAUUUGCCUACAGCAAACGAAACGAAAUCGUCAAAUAUGAAACCUCCGGUGAACUCUCAUUUGGCGAGGAAAGCAAGAGGGGAAAUCGAAUUUGCGCACAUUCACCCAGGCCCACAAGCUAAACUUCCGAUGAACUCGUUCCCGCAUUUCGAUCCGUUAAGCCAAAAGAGCGCAAUGGCAUCAGCACAGUGGAAUCAGACACCAAUUUCACCGAAUACGCUACCCGCUCAUCGAAGAGGCGGUCGUGCGCCAUCCAAGACAUCUCGAGAACCUCUGUCGAGGCAGACAUCCUCUAUUCAUGUGCCAACUAGUGCUGCUUCCCCUGAUAUGCACAAGGCUGUACCGUCGAUAGAGAACUCUCAACCACAAACUGCCGAUACCCAAGAACCAAACACCCUACCCGCAAUGUCUAAUGCAAAUCAGACGAACAGUCAAACACAACUUGUUCAAGCACGUCCUGCACUCGUGCAAUCAAAUCGCACUUCAGGUUCUCCAAACAUUGCGGCAGCACACUACACAUCCACUACGUCGAUGAUCCCUCUGAACGACAAACAGCAUAACUAUUUUCAAGGCCCCACAUCAGCUAGUUAUGUUUUGGAGCCACGAAGGAAUGAAUAUCCACAAAGGGCUGGACAGAGGAGCGGACGGGCCCCACGACGUACCCUGAAGAAAGCUCAGAGCUGGGCUGCUGCGGACUCAUCUGAUAUUGACUCGGACAGUGGGCUAGGACAAAUUUCAGCAACAAAUAAGAAAUCCCGCUCGAAAGGAGGUUCGGGCUUGAUUCGUUCGACAUCGAUAAGCAAUCAGUUAGAGGCUGCUGUUGCCUCUGGUGCUCCAGUUCGUUUUUGUUGCAAUUGUGGAGAGAUAAAGACUCCAACGUGGCGACCGUACUGGCUCAAAGUGUUUGAUGGCGAUGCGGAAAACGUCACAGUAGGUGUCGGAAGUGGUAUACACAUGCUAGAGGUUCUCGAGCGGGAUGAGCAAGGCAAGAUAACCAAGUAUCGCAUCUUCAAGCAAUAUGGACACCUCACCCAGGCAGAACGCGACUCGAAAGUUUACGAGCAGACGUACUUUUGCAACCCAUGCGGUGACUACAUCCGCAAGUGGGGCAAAUUUCGACCGCGAGAGUUGUGGGAUCCAUCGGUUGCGCAGACACAGACGAAGAACAAAAAGGGUUCUCGAAGGAAGAAGGGUGCUGCGGACAUGCUCACAUCUGAUAUACCGGCACCUUCGUCGGAUUGGGAUGUGCCGACACCACACCCCGAAAGGCCCACUUUUACAGAUCCAUUUGGACAGCCUGAAUCGCAGUAUGACGUCGCGCAUUCAGAAAUGAAUCGGCAAGAUGGCAAUAUGGCUCUACAGCAGAACGAUCAUGAAGGACCGAAACGUCCAGCGCCCUCGACGUCUGUUCAGAAUAUUCUGAUAAAUGAUACCCAACAGUCGAAUGCGCCCGGGGAGUACGCAGCGUUACAGAAGGCUAUACAAUCAAGCCCGGCUCGCAACCUUGGAAUGCAAGAGACUCCAGUUGAUGCUGAGAACGAUAGUCUCACUCCUAAACCUACGAGACGACUCUUGUUUCCUUCGCCCAGGAAGGAUGGCGAGUUUAAAUCGCUUGAUAACGCCCCUUCCUCCACAUCUGAUGCUAACAGUAUUGAAACCUCGGCUUCUCAGUCUGCUAGCAAGGCCCAAUGCACAGCUCUUUCGCCAUCGGAUUCGACUUCGAUUUCACUACCAAAGACGACGACAGUGUUGAACACUGAGGAUUCCUCCGACAUGAACAAAGAAAAUCUUCCUCCCACGAAUAAUGACGAUGAUGAGUUUGCGCACCUUUUUGAAGAUGGCAUUUUUCAGACACCUCAGAAGCAAAAGACACCAAACAAAACCGUUCCAAGGACACCGAAUUCCAAUUCUAAGCAUUCAAUUUUGAGCACGGGCCUUACGCCAAAGGCUGGCGUUCCGAACACAGGACUGACACCGAAGACGGGCUCUAAGCGCAGCAACGAUUGCAUGGGCCCACCAGACACACCGACACCAACGAAGCGGAGGAGUCCAAGAUUGGCGGAGAAGCAACAACAGAGUGCGAAAGACAUGACUCCAUUUACGAAGAGCUUGAAUCAGUUUCUUUCAGACGGUUUGACGAGCAGUCCUUCUAGAGCUUUCAAUUGGACACUUACUUCUUCUCCUGCGAAGAACCUCUCGACUACAUUUGGAGACAUGGCUACUAUCAGCAGGCUCGCAGCAAGUAAGUCGCAAAGCCUUAUUGCGCCUCCAAAUGACGACAAUCUAUGGUCCGACUUUCCCAUGCCAAGUUCACCGCCGUUCUUUGCACCGAACAAAGAAAAUGAGGCGGUCGACGGUGUCGUAAGCUAUGAGGAGUACGACUGGGGAGGACUGCUUGAUAGCACUGUGGGAAAUAUGGUGGUGGAUGUUUGGGAAGAUGGAACUGCUACGGAUGUUGUGAAAGGCUGGGGCAAUGUGUUUGAUGAAGAAGAGAAGACGCCUGCAGCGCCAAAUGACGAAUCUAAGUCCGCCAAUGUGACAGCCAGCUAGCAUGGAAAUCCGAAUGGUUUGGACCUCGAGUCGUUUGAUUAUUAGUGGCUAGCGAAAUGAAGAAAUGAUACAUUGUUCGACACAUACAA